AUGCAGGGCUUUGGGCAGCAAAGCCUGCUGACAGCGGCGGAGGAGAAGGUGCUGUCCAAGGCGGUGCAGCGGCUGAUCGCCAUGGAGGCCAAGCAGACAGAGGCCACUCAGCGCCUCGGGCGGCCCAUCACCGAGAGGGAGUGGGCUGCCGAGUGUGGCCAGUCCUCCAUCCACGCCUUCCGGAAGGCCGUCAAGGUGGGGCAGGAGGCUCGGACGCGGAUGAUGAAAAGCAACGAGCGGCUGGUGUUCCACGUGGCGCGGCGCUACAUGAACCGGGGGCUGGACUUCCAGGACCUGCUGGCGGAGGGCAUGAGCGGCCUCUGGCGCGGCGUCGAGAAGUUUGACGCCGACCGCGGCUUUAAGUUUUCCACCUACGCCCACUGGUGGGUGCGCCAGGCCAUCACGCGCGCCAUCAGCGAGCAGGGACGGGUGGUGAGGCUGCCGGUGCACCUGCACGAGCUGAUGGCCAAGGUGACCAAGGUGGACCUGGAGUACCAGUCGGAGCACGGUCGCCGCGCCGGCAAUGAGAAGCUCGCCGAGCUGGUCGGCAUCAGCCAGGAGAAGCUCGCCAUGCUCUCCAAGGUGUACAUGGCGCCGACGAGCUUCAACGCGCCGGUUGGCGGCAGCAUGGAUCCGGGCGCGGACACGGUCGGGGAAACGAUUGCGGACGACAACGAGGCGUCGCCGGAGGAGGUGGCGGUGCGCCUCAACCUGCACCAGGACAUGGACAACGUUCUGGCCACGCUGAGCGAGCGCGAGUCCGGCAUCCUGCGCUGCCGCUAUGGCCUCGACGAUGGCCGCCAGCGCACCCUCGAGGAGGUCGGCCAGAUCUUCAAGGUGACGCGGGAGCGUAUCCGGCAGAUUGAGGCCAAGGCGAUCCUGAAGCUGCGCCAGCCGGACCGCAGCUCCAUCCUGUAUGACUACGUCAACGGAGCCUCCACUCAGAGCGUCACCUGGCGCGGCGGCCGCUCCAAAUGCCACUCCAGCUAG